AUGAAUUCACUAGCUCAUCAUAGUAACCCACACUUACAACAAUUUAUUCAAUUGCAACAAGCUGCGGCUUCAGCUUUGGCUACACCUAAUCCUUUGAAUGUAGGAAGCGCGAAUAAUUUAUCUUCACAACUUCAUGUUAAUGCAGCAAAUCUUCAUGGAAUGCCAGUAGUUGGAGAUCCUUGGGGACCAGGUGGCGGAGCACCCAUGAAUUUACCAAUACAUCAACAUAAGUUGGCUCAAUUAGAAGAAGAAAAAAUUUAUUCAUUGAUAACUGAAUUAACUAAUCCAGCAAAUCGUGAAUUGGCUUUAGUAGAAUUGAGUAAAAAGCGAGAACAAUAUGAUGAUCUGGCAUUGAUAUUAUGGCAUUCUUUUGAAAUAGUUUCAGUAUAUCCACUUCUAGCACCACCCGCACUUUCUGCUCAAAUAUCAAAUCGUGUUUGUAAUGCUUUGGCAUUAUUACAAUGUGUUGCAAGUCACGGUGAAACGAGGGGAUUAUUUCUUAAUGCUCAUAUUCCAUUGUUUUUAUACCCAUUUCUUAAUACAACAAGUAAAACGAGACCGUUUGAAUAUCUCAGAUUAACUAGUUUGGGAGUUAUUGGUGCUCUUGUUAAGAAUGACAAUCCGGAAGUAAUUUCUUUUCUGUUAUCUACCGAAAUUAUACCACUUUGUUUACGUAUCAUGGAAACUGGUAGUGAACUGUCUAAAACGGUUGCCAUUUUUAUAGUACAAAAAAUUUUAUUAGAUGAAAUGGGAUUGGUAUAUAUUUGUGCAACUUAUGAGCGUUUUUAUGCGGUUGGAACGGUUUUAAGUAAUAUGGUUAGUCAACUCGUUGAGACACAAGCCGUUCGAUUGUUGAAACAUGUUAUUAGAUGUUAUCUUCGUCUUUCCGAUAAUCCAAGGUGA